AUGAGAUUUUCACUGAAAAUAAGUGCUGUUCCUGGAAUACUUACUGCAGUCUCGUUUCUGGAAUUACGUUUGGGAUUGAGCUUGUACGAAGAUCACAUUAUCCAAUGGAGUCCUAACAACUCAAGAUUUGGGUACAAUAACAAGCCAUUGCUUGUCAAGGAAGGUGACAAUAUUGUUUUUCUGUGCCCAAAUGAAAGGAGGCAUAAAUAUACAUUGUAUUGGACACUGAACCAUUCCGCUUACAUGCAGUGCAGAACCACCAACCAACCGGACGUGCAUGAAUUAAUGCGAUGCGAUGCAAACUCAAAAGUCUACGAGUUCAUUCUCAAAGUCAGUCUCUUUUCAGAGCUGAUGCAUAUUCCACAGUUUUAUCCGGGUGUUCCGGUUUACUUUUUGAGU